AUGUCUCUCGCACUGUUACCAGAUUCAGAGCCGCUCUCGAAUACAGAUGCGGCGUUUAUACCCCAGACAUCGACCCACAAGUUCCCUCACACUCGCGCUCAGCUUUCUGCCUUUUCCCGGCAAUACAAAGCCUCGGACAGCUACGAUAGCGAUGUUGAAGGAGGCGAGGAGCUGACCAGAGUGCCUUCUGCCUUUGUCAAUAGAGUUGUCAGCUUACUCGUUGAAGAACGUGAGGACGAGCUUAGAGAGCUGUUGAAAGACACCUAUGGAGUCGAUGAUCAGACGGUUGAAAAUAAUGUACUAGACCUGAUGCACAAACAUCGAGACGAUGUUGCCGGCGUCCCAUUCUUAUUUCUAACUCCCACCCGCCGCCCAAUAUCGAGGCCGUCGUCAAGAGCCUCUACACCUUCGGCUCGGCUCCCCUCAGGUCGUUCAGAAACGCCAAAUUCUGCUCCAAGUUCUCCUCUGGCUCAGAUUUUUCGCAGACCGUUGCUAACAUCACCGUUGGCCAGUGGUGUACAGGCAACUUCAUAUAUGUCUGCCCGCAGUGACUAUUCUGCGUCUCCCUCUUCCUCUCCCAUCCUUCCAUAUGCGCACGCCACUCAUUUUCAUGCCCAGUUUACUGCAAGUCUUCCUGCAUCACCUCUAUCGUCUCCACGCUUGUUGAACGCGAAAGCAUCAGAAUUCAAACCCAUUCCCCGCCCUCUCUCCGCAGCGUCUUCGAAUCCGGGGCCAGUGAGGUCAGAGUCUCCGGAUCUUUGGGCUCAUAGUCCUUUCCGUGCCACCUCCAAUCUUGCUAUCGCUGCGCCACUUCUUCCCGACCAGCCAGGCCUUUCCAGAUCUACCACUCCCGUUCGCUCCCCGUUACGUCAGGACACUGGGGAUGAGGAUGAGGAUGAUCCCUUCGAUCCGUUUGGUCCCAACGGUGAUCAUCCACCAUCCUUCCAAGUGUCAGAUUUUGAUAUUAAUCAGUGGGAACCCGACUACAACGUACACCCACCACUGAAUCCAUAUGCAUUUGAGUUCACCCCUCCUUUCCUCCCUCCCGAAGGAUCUGAGGAUACCUUAGGAAUGUCGGGCAUGUUAAAUGAUAUGACCAUCGAACCUGAUACCGAUCCAGAUGCUGCUGCCGCACUUUUGACAAAUGGGAUGACACCCUUUGAUGUUCUCACUUCGGUGUUUGGAUCAACCCUUGCCCCAUCUGAACUCGAAGAGGCGCUGGCCGCGAAUGCAUAUGAUUUCGACCGCGCUAUGGCCUGGCUCGUUGAUCGUGCUCUCCCUCUGCAGCAGCAGCAGCCAAACGGACUUACACCCCAACAACGUAUGCAGCCUGUUGGUGGGAGGGUGACCGUUGUCCCUCGUGGUCCUGGAGAUCGAGGAGGUUAUCCUCCGUCUGGUCCCCAAAAUCGUCCAAAUCUCAAUGGUCGCUACGUCAAUGGUCGUCCCAAUGCAGGUGGUAAUCGCGUGUGUCGAUACUUCGUCGCGGGAGAAUGUCUUAGAGCAGAUUGUCGCUUUAGUCAUGACCUAGAACGAGCGUUAUGUCGUUUCUGGCUCAGAGGCACUUGUGCUAAAGGAGAAAGUUGCGAGUUUUUGCAUCAUCUUCCGAAAGAUGUCGAUGUUCAAAGUUUAGGUGCCAUUUUAGCUCGAGUCAACAUCAAUUCCAACAAUCAUCAUAACCAGAACCACAAUAGCGCGCAUAACCCUCCAUUAGAUGACUUCCCAGUGCUAGGACAGACUAAUGGCAAUGACAAUAAGAAUAAACGGAGCGUCUACGCACCUGGCGCUGACUCCGGGAGGACAAGAUUUGCUGCUGCAGUGAAAAAACCUCCCCUAGCUUCCACAAGCCUUGGAUUGACCUCUAUGGUGCCAGGAAGUCACAGCAAUGGGGAUAAUGCAGCUCGAAGGGAGGCGUUGGGCACUUCUGCCGCAGCAGAUCUCCAUCAUCGUUCCGCAAUUAUUGCUCCUCGUUCAUCUCCCCGCCUACGCCUUCGUCCCCCUUCUCUUUUGCCUACGUUGAUGACAGGCGAAUCCUUAAACAACUUGUACAUGACAUACCGUUCUCGUGCUCUCCAGCUUGGACAGGCUCGGAACGCUUGCUUGUCCAGAGCUGCGGAUGCAUGGAGACGAGGAGAUGGCGCUGCUGCGAAACGAUUCAGUCGGGAAGGUCACGACCUAAAUGGGAAGAUGUCCGCAGAGAUGAGACGUGCUGCUGGCGAGCUUGUUCGCGAGCGUGCAUUAGAAGCUGAGAGGGCGGUCAGAGCAAGAGAUCUGGGAUGGUCCGACGACAAUGCUGACAGAACCUCCAGAGGCAAGUUGGCUGGUGCUGGUCUUGGUGUCAUCCUCGGAGUCGCAGGUUCUGGAGUUGGGGACGGGAAACUGACUGCUGAGGAGAGAACAGAAGUCGCCCUUGAUUUGCAUGGGCUGCACGCGAAUGAGGCAACGGAUGUUUUAGAGGAAUUCCUUCUUGCGCUCGAAGCCGAGUUCUUCUAUGGACUCGCGUAUAUAAUUGUAGGCGAGCAAAAGCACACCGGCACGCAAGAUGUGGCCCGUGGCGCAGGUCGUGUCAGGCUGGCCACUGGUGUGCGUGAAUGGAUCCACCGUUGGGGAUACCCAUGGAGCGAAAGAGAUGGUAUUAUAUGCGUCGAUCCUCUGACGCAUGCAGAGGAGUGA